GUAAGGUAGAUUUCUCAGAGGGUUCGUGGAUGUCAAAAUCGUUGAAAAAAAAAUUUAUCCAUAAAUUCGUGUUGAAUCAAUUACCCAUGAAAAUUGCGUUUCUUCGUGCGUGAAUGCGUGCAGUGCCGUGUACCACAGACAGAAGUGUGUAAAUUGUGUGGGUGUACGUGAUACGUGACCGGGUUUUGUUUUGCAAAGGAAUCGCAGAUAGAUAGAGAAAAAAAGACGUCGGUAAUGGCGGAAGCCUGAAGACGGAGCACUCGCCUUCUUUUUUCUUGCCCUCCGCAACACUACACAGCCCCUCAGUGAGCCACCCACCCUGUUCACCCACUGGGUAUUGGAGUCAGGAAGUGCGUGGGCAACCGGGGCAGCACGAUGGGCGAUGAGCUCAAAGAGGAUGGCUACUUGAACGUCGAUGCGGACUCGACGCACAUUUUUUACCAUCCCAACCUGAAUGUGAUUCUCGUUUUUACAAAGACUGGCGAUGUGAAAGUCAUUGACGUGAAUUCUGGUGUCAUUCUGCAGUCUUGCCCACUUGCUGCGGAUGGUGAGAAGAUAAGCGGACGGUACCUACCGAAGCAGGAUAAGAUACUUCUGUGGAAUGAACGGAAUCUCGGUAUCCGUGGUGACUACAAUGGGGUCCUGUUGCUCGAUACAAUUCUCCAGACUCCCGUAAAGCAGAGCGAUGACAUUGUUCGCCUCGAGCUCCUCUACUCCGAGGCAAUGCUCUUUCUGCAGUGCAUCCAGAGCCUGGAGGAGAAUGGGCUGGAGAACACGGCGGACGUGAGUAAUGAGCUAAUGAAGAAGAUCAUGGAGGCACAGCUGCAUGCGAAGAAGGGCAUAAAGGCGCAAAAAUGGAACAUUAUUUGCCUCGAAUUGCCCCAUUCGAGCUUGAAGAUGGUGGCGAAUAAUGUGCUGUAUCAGCUAAAACGCCUGGAUCGUCACAUUCCCGCACUGGCGAUUGCGUCAGCCAUCAAUGAACGCCUCACGGAUCUCCUAAUUGGCAGCCGACUUCUGGAUUCGCUGACUGGUGGAAAUGCCCAGAGAUCCCUCAUGUUUUCCGAAGCUGCCCGGCGUCAAACAUUUGAGCAGUGGCCCCAUAUGGACUACAAGUGGGCACUUCCGGAUCAAAUGGCACAGGCUGGCUUCUAUCAUCAGCCGGGGGAAUCGGGUGACGAUCGUGCCAUGUGUUUCACAUGCAGCGUAUGCCUCGUGUGCUGGGAAAAGACGGAUGAGCCGUGGAGUGAGCAUGAACGUCAUUCACCAACUUGUCCCUUUGUGAAGGGUGAGUACACCCAGAAUGUCCCUCUGUCCGUCACGUACGCCACAAGUCCCGCGAUAGCAACAAAUGGCUUCUCCAUUGUGUCACGUGGUGACGAUCGUAACCUCAUGUGCACCGGAUGCGUGGGCGGGGAGGUGACUGUGUGGAAUAUUGAGCGGAAUCUCAAGAAGAUCCUGACUUUCCGCGUGGGUACAGAGGAGAAUUUGCUGAAGGCCCACAGUGUGUAUGUACUGCAGAAGUUUGCAAAGAUUGACAUGGAGCUGAAUGCCAUUGGGACGUACUAUGCGACGAAUGUUGUUGUGCCACCACCGAGUGUGCCCAGCAGUAGUGGCACGUUGAUGAUUGAUAAUUUCCCCAAGAAGAAGCCACCGGGAAUGCGAAAUAAGAUGAUUGGGACGAAGAUUUGCUGCGGAAUUGUAGCGAAGGGCAGUGAGAUGAGUGCGAGUGAUGCAAGGGGGACGGAAAUGGCGAUGAAUAUUGAGAAUCAGGCCAAGAGUAGUGAGUACGGGAUUGAGAUUCCGAGCAAUUGCAUGGAAUUGGAUGAGAAUGAGGAGGAUGAUGAGGAGCUCUUCCUCGUAAUUUAUGAUAUUGUUGAUGGGAAUAGGGAGACAAUGAGUAGUGGGGAUAAGGCACCGCCGGAAGAGCCAAUAAUCCUGGAUACACUGCAGACGCAUGGGCAGGGACAGGAUGGGGGUGCCAUGAAGAAGUCUUCGUUGAAGAGUAUUGAAUUGCCGGAACGAUCGGAUGAGGAUGCCGUGAAGAUGUUCACAGAUAUGGCAACAGCUGAUGAUUUAGACAAUAUCCCCGAGGGGAAGGAUAAGAUUGAUCCGAUGGAGGAUGAUUUCUUCCUUGAGACAUCCCUCCUGCCGGCAAACUACAAGUCCAAGAUCACCGUGAAUGGAACAAUUGAUUUUGGGGCAUCACCACCGGCAAAGAGUAUUGUUAAAAUGCCAACAAAGAGUCACAAGGAUGACAUUAAUUGCGUACCAAUUCAGUGCAUUUCACUCAAAUCUCUCGCAUCGGAUUCCUACAGAAUUGCCGACAUCAUUCCAUCGCACGAUGAGAAAUUCCUCCUUGUUGUUCUGCGGCAGCAAAUGACGCGAGAAAUCCCCAAGAAUCCCGACAAGAUCAUCACGCCAGACACAGAGGCACCAACAAGCGAUGUUGGGGAGUGUGAGAAGAUGGAAAUUGGUGAGGAGGACACGGUGGGAAAGGAGGGAGAUGAUAAAUCACAGAAUUUCUGCCAAGUUGAGAAUAUGACGCAACUUAUUCUCUUUAAAAUCCAAGAAGAUGGUUUCCUCAAUGAGACUCCGCACUGUGUGAGGCAUCUAUUUGAAGAUGCAACACCCCUGGAGAUUUGUAUGCUUCCGGGGUAUGAGAUGGAGCGCAAAGCGAGCUCUCAAGAGACAAAGGAUGGUGUCUUUGUGAUGACAUGCAUGGAUGGGACGUUGAAGCUUCUUGCUCUGUCCACACUGCGAACAAUCUCCGAAGCAAGCAUUGAUGGGGUUAAAUUCAUCUCAGCCACAUACUGUAAGAGCUUGGAGAGGAUGUGUGGAUGCACAGAGAAGGGAUCACUGCAUUUCUACUCUUUCUACGACAUGGAAGCUGAUUCCGGGGAUGAGCAUGAAGAGCACAAUACGACGUUUAUUGUCUCGGAUUCCUCAUUGUCGGAUGAUUCAGUUGUUUCGGAUGUGAGUGGAGUAACGCACAAGAGGACAGCAAGUAGUGGCUCAACAGCUCCAUCCACAUCAACAGCCGGCUACUCGGCGAGUCAUCAAUCAGACUCAUCGACCAAUUUGAUAGCACACAAGAGUGAAUUGUCCGUCAAUGAUCUCAAGCUAGCCUACGCUCUGACGGAAUUUGAUGAGAUGCUAACACCCUACACGGCUGAAGUUCCCGUGUGCUGGAGUGAAUUGGUUCAAGCGCAGAAGGUGCGACGUCAUCCGCAGCACCUCAAGCCAGGAGACGAUACGCAUUUGACGAAAACUUGGCGUCUUCACAAUGAUGCGACAACUUGGGAUGAGCAUUUGAUUGAAUUGUGUUUGCCGAAACAAGCCUCUUUGGGGCAUAUUGACUUCAAAUUCAAUCUCUACCAGCAAUGCAGCAAUCCCCCGGCUAUUCAAAUCACGCUCCUCAAGCAAUUCUCCAGUGGUUUUGGGUAUAGAAUGAAGGCACCCGCAACGAAUGUUGGGAAUGCCCCAGUUGAUGAGAAUAUUGAGUUUAAUCUCAAUUCAUCAGAAAAUCCCGUUUUGUCGGUGGAAUACCUUCAAACACACAACGCUGAAAUCCUCGCGGGACCCAUUGAAUUGUCCUCAUGCAUGGAUUUGAGUGAACAAAGUGGCACAGUGACCCUCACGAGCCCCAAAUUGUUCCGGACCAAAGGACGUAACUAUCUCAUACACAUCAAAACCAUGAAUGAUCCGUCCAAAGAUAGUCAAGGAAAGACACGAGUGCCAGUUAGAAAAAAAGGCAUUUUGCGCUACCUGUCAUUUGCAAAUCAUGAAACACGUUGUAAAAGCAAAAAAGUGCCAAAUGAGACUUCUUAUUCAUUUUCCCAAGAAAAAUCAUCAAAAAAGUCCGAUAAAAAUUCCUUCUACAUAGGAUGUGACUGGCUCCAUGAGAUCUCCAUUACUGUUCGCAGCACAAAUCCAAUGUGCCGAAUGGUGAGUGAACGCUCCCAACGGAGUGCAAUGCUGGAGAGUAAUGGAUUCCUCGUGAAUCUGCUGAAGACUGCAUGCGAUCCGACUGUUGCAAUGACACAGAACAUAUCAUUGGACAUAAUCUUGUGGAUUGUUUCGAUACGAAUGGCACGAUAUCGAUCACCGAGGAAUACCGAGAGCACCUUCCCGGAUGUGCAUUCACUGCAGAAGGACUGCAUUAAGAUCAUGGAGAUGCAUUUGAGUGAAUUUAUCAAGAGUUGCAUCCUCUAUGGGAAUCGCAGUGUGGCUCAUAAAUGCGUCAAGAUCAUCCUUGUGGCGCUUGAGGGUGCCCACAAUAUGAAGUACAAAAAGGCACCAAAUUCAUCAUUUGAGGAAGCACUGAAGAAUGGAAUUUUGGAAUGUUUCCCCCAUAUAACGAGCAUAAAGUAUGCUGGAGCCCUUCGUUGGUUCACGCUGAUGAUUUGCGGGACAUCCAAUUUGGAAUCUUACAAUUCCAUUGCAAGUGAAUGCUUGCGAUUGCUGUUGAGUGUCUCAAAGGAGAUGAGUAAUCGAUUUAAUGCCUAUUCAUCCCUUUUGAGGUCACGAUUUGGCCUCUAUGGGAUGCCCUUUGAACUGGAACUCUUCGAUGCGGAUCUCCCAACUUCAGCAAAGUAUGCAGCACUUCCCACAACAUUUGCCAGCAUUGUGAAGUCAGCAACAUCGCAGAAUCCCUCGCAGGGAGUGGAUUUGAAGAACUUCUUCACGAGUGAUGGGUCAGAGUUGAAAAUGUUGCCAUUUCACAUGAGGAAACGCGGGAUUGGGAAUCAAUUGAAGGGCCUCCUGGAGGUUGAAACACUCCAUUAUACGUGCAUUGCUGCAAGUGAGGCGACAAGACUGGAGAAUAUGGACUCAAUAUCAGCGGCACAGGCAACAUUUGAGACACCAACAGUGAGUAAUAGUGUGGAGCAGAUACCCAAUGAUACGUCAAAGAGUAAGGAGGCAAAUGGGGCGAAACUUGAGAAUGGAAUUGAUGAGAGUCUCGUUGUUGUGAAGAAUAAUUUAGUUGAUAAAAUCUUCUAUUCAGCCCUGAAGAAGCAUAAAGUUAAGGAACCCACGCAGAAGAUGUACGCCGAUGUGAUGGCGAGUGUUUCGGGGGUACAGUCAAAGGAUCAAACAAUUGAUCCACUCAAAUCCAUGAAGGACAUGAAGAGACUCGUGAAGAUUUUGAAGAUUGACAUGGGGAGUGAUUUUGGGGGAAUGGACGUGGAGGCGGAUUCGCAGUAUCCGGACACAAGGACGAAGAUUAAGGCACUUGGGGAGAAGAUGCAGCAGUACAUGGAUGAGACGGAGGAGAGUAGCAAUAUCCUGCCGUGGCAUAAACUCCUGAGUUUGCCACCGAAGCAGAUGAUUGUGAUUGAUCGUAUGCAUUCAGGGGCGAGGAGAUAUGUUAUACUUGACUUUGGGAUGCCAAUCAUGCUGACGGAUCUCGUGAUCCCAGCGUGUGAGGAUCUUGCGUCGCUUUUCAUUGAUAUUUGGUGCUUUGAGGAGGAAUCCGACAGUAUUCGUCUGGCUGUGUCGGCUGAUAUUGGUUCAAAGACACUCGUUUUGAGUGAUCUACAGCCACCACCUGUCUUCCGGUACAUGAAGAUCACGAUCACGGGGAGAUAUGGGAUGUCAGCGACACGAUGUAAGAUCCCAAUUGGAACGUUCUUUGGGCAUGCCAUCGUUAUGGAGUCUGAGAGUUAUGCUGAUCCAUUAUCAAAAUACUUGAAAACAAAGACAUCAAACCUUCCGGCUCAGCUUAAGAUCCUCCAUUCACUCUUUGAGGAUGUUCACUGUCGCUACAGUCUGGCAAGUAGCAAAUUGAUGGAGCUGCUGGAUCCCCUGUUGAGUAGUGAUGCCUCAAAUAUGUCCCACAUGCAGGCCUAUUUGUAUCGCAUGAAGGAGAGCGACGACUCCCUGGCGGAUCAUUCGAAGAUCAUCAAUAUCUACGAUGAUUGCAUUUCGUUCCAGCAUCAAUUGAAUGUCAUUAAGAAUGUCAUUGCACGCCUUGAGGGGGCUCUGGAGGAGAAUCCAACGAAUCCUCGGGAUGCCCCACGACUGACAAUGGGGGAUAUUUGCACGGAUAAGCUGCGUGUGCUGAGUGAAUGCCUCAUUGAGGCUCUCUUGCACUUUGUCGUGGAAUUCGGGACGCUCAAUACGAGCGCAAUGGCCGUGGCGUUCAAUCAGAAUGCCUGCGAGACAAUCUUCAAUAAUCUCGUCAUUUGCAGCGAUACUCACAUGCAGCUGGCCACGUGUUCGUUCCUCGUGAAGAUGUGCUGCUUUGAACCGUGGUGGGGAGAUUUCAUUGCGAACAUCUUCACUGUUUGGUAUUCAUCGCAGAACAGCAAAAUUUUUCCGCAGGAUCGUGUCUUCUUCCUCCUCACGUAUCUCGGGAGGAAGAGCAUCACAAUGGGCUCGUGUAGGGUGACGGUGAUUGAUGCAGUUCUCAAGACCUUGGCGAAGUUCCUCGCACCACUUUCCACCAACUACCGCAUGGAGUUCUCAGCGGAGGAUCAAGAGCAGGAUGGAAGGAAUGAUUUCUGUCACUGGGCCAGUACGGAUCUUCAGCUAAUUGGGUGGCUUCUACUCUUCCUCUCAGUCUGUCUCGAUGACUGUGGCGACAAGAAGGAUCAAUCGUCAGCUCGAUGGGAUUUUAUGUCCAGCGAAGUGGACAUGAGUCGGGCAAAGAGUCAAGGAUCAAGCAGCACGCGCCUCUUUACGCGUUCCUUCAAGAAGCGUUUGUACCAGAAUAAGAUUCCCUGCUGUACGUACAGCAAUGAUUCGCAAUUCUCCAUCGCUUCGAUGACUUCCAUGGCACAGAGUCCAUUUGCAAUGCAUGGGCAGCUAAUGCCGACAUUUGAUGUGCCCCAGAAGCAGGAUUCAACGUACAAAGAUAUCUUCCUGAAGAAGACAAUGCAGGGAAAAACCUUCCCGGCAUACCUCAUUGAUGCAUCGGCAAAGGUGAAGUUUAAAAUGUCCAAAGCAACAACAACAGCGGCGGCGGCGGCGUCAUCAUCAGCUCCAGCGUCGUCCACAUCGAGUGCGAGUCAGAGUGCAGCCACCCCGACGCCUGUGACAACACCCCUUCCGCCUGUUGUGACGAAGGAAUCCCUCGUGGAUGGGAAUGAGUCUCCCUUUGAGCGUGCUCUGCGUGCGAUAAAGCCACAGAAUACAAUUAUUGUCAUCCGGGGAUUGAUUGGAUUGAUCCUUGGGAUGGAUUUUACGUGCAACAUGGAUUUGUUCCUCCUUGCAUGCAAGAUCAUUGCACGUCUCGUCUCAUCGUGCCGUUCAACCAUUCAAUUGUCGAAGAUCAUCACAGCGGCACAACUGCAGCAACUCAUACGGAUUGCCGUGUGGGAGGAUCAGCAGCAACCGUGGGCAAUUCAUGCCAUUACGUGCCUCCUGCAGGAUAUCCUGGAGACAGAUCGGAAUUUCAAAUGUGAUCUCGAGGAAGGUUUCAGCGGUGGGGCACAGCCAAUGGAUUUGGGGACAGUGGACAGUGGGAGUAUGGAUGAUUCCUCCCUGGAUUACGUUGUGGACAAUGAAGUGAUGCAGUGCGUGUUGGCGAAGAUUGAAACGAUGCAACAGCAAACGUCCACGGCUAACAAGGAUAUUUCCUACGCAGAUGCACUCAAAACGAAACUUCCUUCGCUGAUGGAAUGCGAGGAUGCUGAGAUGGAGGACCUCCUGGAUGAUAUCUUCGAUCAUGGGAAGAAUAUGAUGGCUCGGAAGGAUAAUACGAGUCAAAAUAGAACAGUUUUCGCCGUAAGCUACAGAUCCUUUUUCUCAAGGAGCGUCUCAUGUGCCAUGGAUGCCCGUCUGGAGUAUGGUUUGGAGAGUAAUAUUGAGAUAACAUUGCGACGCCUCUCAAUGGCAGCUUCGUUAAAUCUCUUUGCCAAUUGGCCACCCGUAGCAGCAGAUGGGGAACUUUUUGAGUCAAAUGUGGAUCUCCCGGCGUGGCCUGAGCACAUUGUGCAAGCGUGGUCGUGUCCGGAGUACUCUCAGGGCUACCCAACGCACAUUAUGCUCAUCCUCGUGUUUGACAACAUCUUCUCGGAUUUCCAUGAAUCCUGGCUGAAUCUUGAGCAAAUCCUCCAAAUGUGGCUCACACUGAAUGGCGAGCUGGGCGAUAAGACACCAACGGGGAAUUUUAUGGCCAUGGAAGCUCCAAGAAUUCCCUUUGGGAGGAACGCCAUUCAGGGCUUGCUGUCUGCGCUGUCGUGGCAUCCAAAUAUAAAACUCCGUGCAUGGUGUUUGGGGUUCCAGUGUUUGGCACUAGCGUGCAAUACGAAUAAUUUUGAUUGGUUGAAUGCUGAGUACACACUUGAGGAUCUCACGCAGACACAGUACAAUCGCAUGGGGACGUUCAUUGUGAAUAAUCAGAAUUUCGAGAAGAUGCUCCUGAGAUUCUUUUCCGGCAGUGAUAUGUGUUCAUCUGUCUUUGAUGUUAGUCGUUGUUCUGGUCCGACGGCGUGCAAACUACUCCAUGAGCUCUUUAAGCGCCUCGAGGUGCAAACGGAAAAGUGCAACACAAAGAGGAAGCUCAAGGAAACCCUUUUAAUGGUGCUUCAGAGUCUCAUCCAGCCAAAUGGUGCAAUUGCCAAUCAACAAGGUCCAAUUGAUGCUCAAAAUCAACUUAUCAAGGAGCUCACAUCCUACCAAUACGAGAAGACUGAUUUAGGAAUAGCAAUGAGUAUCAUUGAGAGUGUUUCUCACCUCGUGUACAAUAAUAUUUCCAACGCUGAAAGGAUGUAUUGUCAAAAGUCAAUGGAUAAUAGCAAGAAUUACAAUACUUUUGGAAGUAUUUUCGCCACUGUUUUAGGUCCGGAGAAUACAGCUAAAGCAAAGACAGUUUCGGAUAAUUCGUUGCUUGUGAAUCUCCUGAAAUUAUCCACAAUUCUCGUGCAGACUGUCCUUCCACGUGAUGGCGAUGAAUCAAGCGGAGGAAGUGAGCCGCUUAGUGAGUCAUUUGAGAGUCAAACGGAUGAGAUAAAGGCAGAGCAGCAGAACAAUGAGCAGAAUCGUGUGAAGGUGCCAUGUGUGGCUGACACAGUGCUACAGCACUAUCCAACAAUGACACGUCUUCUGGGUUCCCUGUCCCAUUGUUCAAGCUCAUCCUUUGCCCUCCUUGCUGCUUCCGCCAUGUACUCCAGUGUGAAUCCCCUGGACACAAAUAGUGCCUUCGGGGAGCCUCAAACGGUAGCCGAUGCGGUGUUUCAGCUACUAAUGUUGCUCAGCAAGAAGGCCUCACUCCCCGUGCUGGUUGUUAAGCCAAUUUAUCUCUUCCUCAAUACAACCUUCCAUCAGAGAGCACUGCCAAAGUUACAGCUUUCAGAGCCAUUCCUCUGGUUCAUCCUGCGUGUCCUUGAUUCCCCCGCAACGGUGUCAAUUUUCACGGAAAUGGGUGGGAUUAAGGUGCUCUGUCACAGCCUCGUGCGGAGCAAUCGAACAAUGAUUAACAUGCAACCAGGACUCGUUUCGAUGAUCAUGCAGCACCUCACACCAAAUAUCGCUCCAUCAUCCAGUGCAGCGGCAAGUGUGUCAAAUGGCACGAAGAAGAGCUCACAGGCUGUGAAAUCAGUCGAUGGAUUGAUUAAUUUUGCACCCUUCUGUAGCAUUUCCUCGGACAUUUCCACAGCACAGCAGGCGGAUGUUCUCAUUCAGAUUCCAACGCCAUCCCAUCGACGUGCCCGAACAGCUGCGUGGAAUUACAUGUUCUACCCGAAUGAAUCGUACGUUGAUCUCACAAUUACCUUCCCAACAGCUGUCCUCCUCUAUGAGAUUCAACUGCAGCCACAUCUUCUCUCACUCGCUUCCUGCCCGUACGCUGUGGCUGUUGAGAUUACACGCGACAACGCCAUGCCACCCAUUCCCAUUUCGCAGCCAAUGCCAACAGUGGGACUCACGUGUAUCCGGCUGAAGUUGAAUCAACCGGAAAUUGCAACAAGUAUCGUCCUUCGGUUGUACCGUCCACGCGAUAGCUCCAACAUUGGGCUGACACAGAUCUCCAUCUACGGCACGACAACCUUCAGUGAUGCCAGCAAGGCCGCAAUGGUGGGGGAUCAGCUGAUGGAUGAGGAGAAUUUGGCUAAAUCAAGCCUCGGGUGGCUACGUGUCCUCGCACGAUGCUUCAGUGUGGCCACGUACAAGAAUGACGAGACAAUCUCCAAUGCUGUGAUCUCUGCAGCAGCAAACUUCCCGGACUUUUUGGAAGCUUGUUGCAGUCUCCUCAAUGUUGCCCCCCAAACAUCCACAAUUGCUCUGCAAAAUCUCGAAACAGUUCUCCUGAAAUUGGGGCUCUUCAGCAAGGAAUUGGGCUUGAGGCUGAUAAAUAUUCUCCUGAAGAACACUGUGCCACAAUGCCUGAAGCUCUGCAAUGAUUCCGUGUCGGAUUUGUUGUAUGAUCUGUGUGUGCAUGAGGAUGAUUUCACGCGUGAUCGUGUGGAGGCGAUGGUGAUGUGGGUACAGACACUGUACGAUAGUAUCUAUGAGAAUCUCGUACAUCCCACAAAUCCCUACAGUGGCUUCAUCAAGUGCUUAGCCUCAAUCCUGUGGACGGUGCAUACGCGGCAAUUGGCGGCAAAUCUCGAAGCUCUCAUUACGAAGGAACUCUUUCAGUCUGUGUACAAGUGGACGCUGAUCCUGGACAAUGGGGAGCCCCUGAAGAAGGCCUUUGAUGCAAUGCUUUGCUCAAUUUGCUGCAUUCGCCCGGAGAUGUUCCCGCUUCUCUUGCGAAGGAUGAAUGUUCUCGUGCCGAAUCUUUCAACGGAUCUCGGGGCGUGUAUAUCGGAUGACAGGAAGGAUACAGGAAUGACGACGGAUGAUACGAAGCAGGAGGAAUCGGAUACAGCUGAAUGGUAUAGUCAUCUAAUGAUUGAAGAUAUUUCCGAAUUAAAUCUCACAAAGAGUCAACUCUCGACGAUUGCAAUGGCCUGUCAGUCAACGCUGGCAAUUCAUCAGCUUCUCGACUCUGGCCUUCCGCGUCUCCUGACUUCAGUUAUCCUGGAGUUUUGCCACAAAAUCUCCAACAUUGCAGCUGCAGCAGAAGAGCCAGCUGACCCAACAAUGGCGGAGACAACGUGCUUGACGGAUUCAGCUAAAGUUGAGAGUACAAAGAUGAUGGAUCAGAGUCGAGGGAAGAAGUAUCCGAUGGUGAGUGUGGCAACGUGCGCAGAGAUCCUGAAUUUCUUCUCUGAAGUCUGCACGGAGGGAAGCAUGCGAGAUUGGUUGGGAUCGUACGAGGGAUCGGUGUUUUGGAAACCCCUCUUGGAUAUUCUCUGCAACAUUCGCCCAUUGAAUGCUGAUGGGCAGAUUGAGACGAAUUACUCCUACCUCGAGGAUAGCAUGAUAAAAUUCCUGUCAAAGGUCACAGCGUGUCAUCCGAAGAAUCAGGAAACACUCACGGUGAUCCUCAUUUCGGUCAUCCGGAAGCCAGCAUCGGCAAAAACACUCAAGCAGAGUAUCUCGGGAUUCACGCGAAGGCUCGUUCUGCAGCUCUUGCUGGAGAGUGAGAGGAUCCUUGUGUCUGUUCACAGUGAUAUGUCACUCCAUCGUCGAGAGCAGAGUAAUGCCUUCAUCAGCAAUCACCCAUCAAGGCGUCCCAAUGCCCACAAUCUCCUCUUCCUCAUGAGCACGCAUACAAAAUGCCAAGAGAUCCUGGAGAGUUGCAUCACUGUCUUCUCAAAUAUCCUCCCAAAUACCCAAUCUGGUGGGGAUUCCAAGGGCAGCUCAGCUGAACAAAUAACCCCAUCAACAUCACACAUUACUGUGUCCGGGAAUGGAUCAGCCAGUAGCAAUGGAGGAACGUCAACGGGUGGACAGAAUUCCUCAAGUAGUGGGAAGUAUUCGUCGUCGAAGAAUGAUUUGUUUGAGAUGGCUCUGGGGCAGGGAUUGGAAGUCCUCAGUGUUGCUGCGGGUGUUACGGCCAAGGAUAAGAGGUUGAAGGAUGUCCGGAAUCAAGCGGCAGCGCUGAAAGCCAAAGAGCUCCUUCCGCUCUUGCGUGAGUCCUUCAGUAGAUUGCGCAAUGAGGAGUCAAUGUCGACGAAUCAGAUGACAAAUUGUGCCCAAUUGAUGCACGCCUCGUGUCCAGGAGUUAUUCUCACGUCUGACACGACAGUUUCGCAGAUUCUCGCCAUGCUGCACUCAUCGGGAGUUUCUCUCUCAACGCCGUGCAUUAGUUUGAAUUUAGUUCAGGGAAGGAAGCAGCCAGAUGACAUAAGUGAUGACACACUGAUUAAGGCAUCAGAUUUCGAGCCACUCCCAUCGCCGUUGCAGAUCUUUUCAAGCCACGGAGGAUUGUCCCUGUUGGCGCACUACCUGCCAACAGUCUAUCCGGAUACACCGAAAAGCAAUGCGGUGCACCAGGAGAAGGAUAAAAGUCCACCGGCGAGUGAAUGGGUGAAGGUGGAAGCCAAUGAUGACAUCUAUGAGGAUCUGGAUGAUGGAAUGGCCGAACAGGGAUCCAAGCUACCAGCCAUCUCCUCAGUCCCUCAACAUUCACUCUCGGCUUUUGGGCUCUUUUUGCGUCUCCCACCGUAUUCGGAUGUCCUUCUGCGGGAUAAAACACGUGCUCAGUGCUUGCUGCGGCUUGUCCUUGGGGUAACAGGAGAUGGGGAAGGAAAUGAAAUUUAUAGCCUCUCCCUGGCUUCGACGCUUCCAACGCUUCCAUUUGAGGUAUUCAGGCAGCUUCUGGACAGCUCCCCACUGACCACAGACGAUGGGGUUCUCUUACGACGAAUGGUCAUUGAAGUGGGCGCCAUAAAUCUCGUCUUAAACUGUUUGAGUAUCUUUACGCAUCACACUCAGCAUAUUGUGCCGAAUGUGGUGGAAGCAGCAGUGGCCAGUGUUGUCCUCCCACCGUCAGAUGUGCCCCUUCCAGCACAGAAGGCUUCAACGCCAACGGGGAAUGCCAUUGGGGGUGAGGAGAGUCUCACAUCGGAUGACAAGAGUCACGUUUAUUGGGCCAAAGGAACGGGCUUUGGGACGGGAUCAACGCAGCAAUCGUGGGAUGUGGAACAGGCAUUGUUGCGGCAGAAGAAUGAGGAAGAGCACGUCACGGUGCUCCUUCAGGCUCUCUCCAGCUACAUCAAUCCAGGGGAUAAAUUCCCACAGAGUUCCAGCGAUGAUCCAGGAGCUUAUCAUGAAGUUUGCGAAGAUACUCCGGAAUUGCCGUCAAUCUUCUUUGAACUCCUCCAGCAGUCUUGCCUCAUUCCAGCACUGUGUUCAUAUCUUGGGAAUGAUUCUGUCUUGGACAUAACACGACAUAUUCCACUUUAUAGAGCUAUUUUGCAGCUUUUAAGAGCAAUUGCUCUGUCAAAUCAACUUGUUUUGCUUCUUCAGCCACAACAGAAUGAGAGUGGAAGUACAAUAUCCAUUGCCACACUCCUGUCCAACAUGAAGAGCUGCGUUGACACCUACGCGAGCAGGCUGAAAUUCAAUAAGAAAUCCAAUUCAAAGGGACGCGUUUUUAUGUCGUGCGUCGAUGAGGGUGACGACGAAGGAUUAGCCCUACUAAUUCCUGACAUUCAGGAUACGACUUUUCUCGUUUUGAGAGCAACAAAUGCCGACAAACAUCCCACCACAGCUGACGAUGCGGGUACAAUUGAUCGUCCCAUAUCACGAUCACUUGAGCAGAGGUACAUGGAGAUUAUGAAGAAGCUGCAAUUUGAUACGUACGAGAUGAUUUCAGAGACGGAGAAUGGGUACAGAUUUGUCGUUUCGUAUCACUUUGAGAGCAAUAUGCGAAUGUCCGGGGAUCGUUACCAUCCAAUUCGUGUGAAACGCCUUGCCCAGGAGACGGUGACACUAUCAACGAGUCUUCCACUGUCGUACAGUAGUUCGGUGUUUGUGCGAUGCGACACCGAUCGGCUGGAUGUGAUGAAGGUGCUGAUUACGGGCCCAGCAGACACUCCCUAUGCGAAUGGAUGCUUUGAAUUUGACGUCUUCUUCCCACCGGACUACCCAAAUUCCCCAAUGAUGAUUAAUUUGGAGACAACGGGCCGGCAUACGGUUAGAUUCAAUCCUAAUUUGUACAAUGACGGCAAAGUAUGCCUAUCGGUGCUAAAUACCUGGCAUGGGCGUCCCGAGGAGAAGUGGAAUGCUCAAACGUCGAGUUUUCUGCAGGUUCUUGUGUCGAUUCAGAGCUUAAUUCUCGUUCCGGAGCCCUAUUUCAAUGAGCCAGGCUUCGAAAGGAGUCGCGGCACACCGAGUGGAACACACAGCUCCCGAGAGUACAAUAGCAAUAUCUAUCAAGCGUGCGUCCGGUGGGCAAUGCUAGAGCAGAUUAAGAAUCCAAAUCCCUGCUUCAAAGAGGUGAUUCACACACAUUUCUGGCUCAAACGCAAUGAGAUUUGCACGCAAAUUGAGAAGUGGAUUGAGGAAUUGUCAAAGCCGCAGUAUUCAGAGCGCAAUGGGCGCAACAUUUCGUUCAAUUCAAUGGUGCUGAGGCGUCAGUAUCGGCAUUUGCGCGAAGAAUUGGCCAAUUUACCAACCCCCGAAGGGCUCGAAGAUCUGGAAUGUCCCUUCCUGGCGACUGUCCCCACGAGCCCAAAGGCGAGUGAAUGUGGCACACAGACAUCGAGUGGUGGUAGCUCAGGGUGCCCGUGCCCAAGUAGCGGCGGGGGCAACACUUCGCCAACACCCUCGCAAUUGCCACCGCUUCAGGCCAUGGAUACAGCUGUGUCGAGCGAUGGGACAACCAUAUCGGAUCUAAUGGAUGAAGAUGAAAAUCCCGGACUUGGGUAAAGAAGAAAACAAACAGCGCCCCGGGGUGAGUCAGCAGCAGUUCUCUUUUUUUUCUUCUUUAUUUUAAAUUUGAUUAACAAAGAGGAGAGAAAAAAAUAAGACAGUGGAUAAAAAAAAAGAAAUUUUUGGCAAAGAGAAGAAGAAGAUAAAUCCACAAUUUAGAAACAAAAUUCGCAUCAGGAGAGUCAGCAGGAGAAAUCAGACCGAACGAACCAAAGUUUACGUUAAUUUUGAAAAUGAUUUAGAUAAAAAAAAAAAAAGAAAAACCCUCUUUGUUUUUUCAUCAUUAAAAUAUUUAUUAUUUCAACAAAAUAAACACGAAAAACAAAUCAUUUUGAUCGUGAUAAUGGGGAUCACAUUACAUGAGGAGGGAGGGUGAGAGAGAGAAAAUAAAAUGCCUCCGAGAGUUGGAUAAAAAAAGGCAGUGUUCAAGCAUUUAGGGAGUUUUUGACGAUGUUUUUUUUUAAAUAUAUAAAUAAAUUAAAAGAAAAUGCACACUAAAUAAGAUUUAUCUGUAGAAGAAAGAAAAAAAAGCUCCAAAUGCAUCGUUAAAUUUUUUUCUUUAACUUAUUUCAAACUUCCUUUCGUUCCUUUGUUUGUUUUUCUUCCUUGUCCUCUUCAUUACCCUUUUUUCGUUUCCUUUUUUUUUAUCAUGGCAGUUAAAAAAAAUAUCCAAAAAAUAAUAAAUUCUUUACAAUGUGAGAAAAAAAAGAAUAAAAAGGGGUGGGAAGGACAUUUAGAAUAUUUGAUAAAAAAAAUGAAAAUAAAAUAAAAAAAAACAAAAAAUAUCAUAUAAAUUAUUUUAGAAAUCGAUGAACUAUUCUUUUUGUGAUGAAAAACAUGAUUAAAUAAUAAUGAGUGUGUAACGACUGUGAAGACAUAUUAUUAUUAAAAUGAAAAAAAAAAUUGAAACCGAAGACAGAA